AUGGCGCUGUCCAUCUCUUACUAUGCGAAGAAUAUCUUCGCCUCGUCAUAUGGCGCAGAGCGACCAGAGUUCUUCCUCUGGUAUCCCAAGGGCACAUCAAGCAGCGAAAAGAAGCUGCUUCACAAAAUCGACUUCUUCAUUCUGAGCUAUGGCUGUCUGGCUUACUUCACCAAGUGGCUUGAUCAGAGCAAUCUGUCCAAUGCCUACGUCAGUGGUAUGAGAGAAGACCUCAGCAUGUUGGGCACCGAGUUCAACCUGGCAGUCACCUGCUUCCAAGUUGGUCAGAUCUUGGGACCUAUCCCUGCGAACCUGCUGCUCUCGCGCAUCAGACCGCGUAUGCUGUUGCCAGGUCUUGAAUUCUUGUGGGGUGCUUUGACGAUUGGGACGUAUGCUGUCACGUCUCCGUCGCAGCUCUACCCCAUCCGCUUCUUCGUUGGUCUACUUGAAGGCUCUUGCUUCGUUGGUAUCCAGUACUGUCUUGGUUCGUGGUACAAGCGAACAGAAAUCGGCAAAAGGACUGCCAUCUUUGCUUGCGCCGCCUACGUUGGGACAAUGGUCAGUGGCUACCUGCAGUCCGCCAUGAUCGCCAACAUGGAUGGUCGUAACGGUCUGGAAGCAUGGCGAUGGGUUUUCAUCUUCGAUGGAAUCAUCACCGUUAUCGUCGCGAUCUACGGCUACAUUUUCUUCCCUGAUACACCAUACAACACCGAGGCCUUCUAUCUAACUGCCGAUGAGAAAGCCAGGUGUGUCGAGCGCCUGGUCGAAGACGGCCGUGAGGAGACCAGCAACUUCAACUGGGCACUGUUUAAGCGAGCUUUUGGAGGCUGGAAGAUCUACGUCUUAACCAUACUUUUCUGCUUCUGGAACACCACUGUCGGGAAGGUCGCGAACACUGUCGCACAGCUGUUCUUCAAGAACGACCCUAACCACAAGUGGUCGCUGUAUGAGGUCAACAACAUCCCAACGUCCAUCAAUGGUUUCAAUAUUGUCUGCAUUCUGCUCUUCAACGUUUAUGUCGACGCGACAGGCAAGCGCAUGAACGCCGUUGCUCUCAAUCUAGCCAUCCUCAUCUUCGGCACUAUCUGCCUCAUCGCCUGGAACAUUCCCCUAGGCUUACACAUCGUCUCGUACAUGUUCGCAGGUCUCGAUGGUCCCCUGUCGCCAAUCUACUACUCAUGGGCCAACAUUCUGUGUUCAGGGGACGCUCAGGUUCGCGCUUUCACACUGGCGUGUAUGAACAGCUUCGGUGCUGCAGUUGCGACUCUCAUGCAGCAGUUUGCGUACCCUGUCACGGACGCGCCAGAGUUCGCCUUGGGGUAUCGGGUCAGUCUGGGACUUAUCAUCGGCAUGUGUUUCUACACCACCCUUAAACUCGCCUCCGGCAACGGUACCGUCAACCGGCGCAUCAAAACCACACCCAUACGCACCGCCCUCCCCUCGGAAAUCCCCAUAAUCGAUAUUUCCGGCCUCUUCAGCCCUUCUCUCUCCGCCCGCCAGUCCGUCGCCGCCCAGAUCCAUACCGCCGCAACAACAAAUGGCUUCAUGUACAUCCGCAAUCACAAUAUCCCCGCCUCUAUCCCCUUAGCGGCCUAUGACCAACUACUGACCUUCUUCCGCCAACCCCUGGAAACCAAGCAGAAAGCGAGCGUGAAGUUCUCGAAAUACUACAACGGCUACAAAGCGCCCAACAGCCAGCAGAUCAACGCGAAUGAGAGCGUUGAUGUACGGGAGACGUUCUCGUGGACGUAUGACCCCGUGUAUGACCCUGACGUGGCGGAUGUGGAUGCCAUCCCAGAGGCGAUUGCGAAGUAUUUGAGGUCGGAGGAGUUCCAGUGGGAGGCGACAGCGAACCUGCCGGGGUUCAAGGACGCGAUCGUUGAGUAUUGGCGGGCGUGUUUGGCAUUGGCGAGGGUGUUGGUCAGGGGAUUUGCGUUGAGUUUGGGGCUGGAGGAGGGGUUCUUUGAUGAGAAGUUCACACAUCCAGAUGCGGCGCUGGCGUUGAAUUAUUAUCCGCCGAUUGAGAAGUCGGCAACAAAGAGGGGAGACGGUGAGAAGGGGGAAGAUGUCAGUAUCGGCUCGCACACGGACUUCCAGCUCUUCACGAUCCUAUGGCAGGACGAUGCCGGCGGGCUGCAGAUGCUGGAUCGGGAAGGUCAGUGGUUGCAUGCGCCGCCGAUUGAGGGCACGUUUGUGGUGAACUUUGCGGAUUAUAUGCAACGUAUCACGAAUGAUCGGUAUGUUAGUACGGUGCAUCGCGCGCAGAACUUCUCGGGGAAGGAGAGGAUUAGUAUGCCGUUCUUCUUUGGGUUUAAUCGGGAGCAGAGUUGUGGUGUGUUGGAUUGUUGUGUGGGUGAGGAUGGGGUGCGGAAGUAUGAGGAGAUUGGAUGUGAUGAAUGGGUGAGGAGGAGGGUAGAAGCUAUGCAUCGGAAGUAG